AUGAACGGGUUCUCAACGGCCAACAUCGCCGAACCGUCGGCCAUCCCUACAGAUCUCUCGUCGGCUUUCACUCUCGACGCAGCGCCUGGCACCGAUAUUUACGCCACGCCACUCCCAGGUGCCCGCCACAUUUUCUCAGCACCGAUAAUCCACCGUCGACUCAGCAAGGCUUCCUUCCAGUCCGCCCGCGUCACCGUGCGAUCUAAAUGGUCUCUCCAAUUCGAUCAAGGCGGUCUCGUCUUUAUCAUCCCGUCAGCACAAGCCCCAGAGCCGGACUCCAGCACCGCCCAGGCCAAGGAGACACACCCCGAAUGGGUCAAGGCUGGCAUCGAGGUCAAUGACGGAGCGGCGUAUGUGAGCGUCGUCGCGAAGUCGCGUGACAACUGGUGUGAUUGGAGUCUCACCCCGGUGCCGGGUGCUGAUCAGGUCUUGGGCGAGAGGUCAGAACAACUUGAAGUUACUCUUUACAUGACGCGAUCCAAGAAUGCGUUAAUGGUCUGGAUAGUCUCUGGCGAGAAGGACUUUUUGGUCCGCAAGAUCCCUUGGGUUUUUCUUGAUGAUAAUAGCAGGUUAUCGAUGGAAGAUAUCCUUGUUGGAGUGUAUGCCGCCAGACCGGACCCUGACGGCGAGGCGACACAAAAACAAGACGCGCUGUCUGUCUCCUUUGAUGGGUUCUAUGUUAUUUAG